CAGGGACGUCAACCAUGGCGUCAAAGUCUCUUAAGAUCAUGUUCCUUGGGGCCCCAGGCGCGGGCAAAGGCACGUACGCGUCCCGCAUCGCUCCCAUGCUGCAGAUUCCGACCAUCUCGACGGGGGAUUUGGUGCGUCAUGAGAUCAAAACCAAUACGCCGCUCGGAGACAAGAUCAAGGCUUACAACAACAGCGGAGCACUCGUACCUGACCAGAUUAUCCUGGACAUGAUGGAGACGCGGCUGGCGCAGGACGACGCCAAGCGUGGAUUUAUCCUGGACGGAUUUCCGCGUAAUGUACCGCAAGCCGAGGCUUUCCAGCAGGUGACCAAGCUGGACCUGGUGAUCAACAUCGACCUGCCUCAGUGGAUUCUCUCGGACAAGAUCAGCGGCAGAAGGGUGUGUACCAAUUGCGGCUCGGGCUACAACGUAGCCUUCAUCAACCAGGGAGAGUACUACAUGCCACCGCUACUGCCCAAUGUGGAGGGUAUCUGCGACUCAUGUGGCUCGGCGUCACUGGUACAGCGUCGAGACGACUCUCCUGAUACUGUGAAACAGAGACUGGAAGUGUAUAACCAAGAGACGGCCCCAUUGGUUGACUUUUACACCAAGCUAGGCAACCUCAAGACGUUCGAGGUGAAGAAAGGACUAGCGGAUCUCGACAAACUUGUGGAGCUCAUUAACACAGAGCUCCAUGCGUAG